GCGAAUUAAAUUAACAAUACUUCCCGGAUUCAUGCCUUUAAGAGCGAGUAGCAUUAUUAGGUGCACAAUUAAUCCGCAGCACAACUUCUCAUCAUAUUAAUUACUCCCAAAACAACUUUCAAAAUGGACAGCAAGGGUCGCCACAUAAUCGUCUGUGACUAUGGCACGGGAUCCGUAAAGUGUGGACUGGCUGGCAGUAACUUUCCCGCGCACAUUUUUCCCUCAAUGGUGGGGCGUCCCAUGCUUCGUGCACUAAAUAAAAUCGAAGUGGAUAACCUGCAAGUGGACGAUGUGAUGGUCGGCGAUGAGGCGCUCGAGCUGCGCUCAUUGCUUGACUUAUCCCAUCCCAUGGAGAAUGGUGUCAUACGUAACUGGGAGGACAUGUGCCAUGUGUGGGACCACACAUUCGGGCCAAAGAAGUUGGCCAUUGAGCCCACAAACUCCAAGAUACUGCUGACAGAGUCGCCCAUGAUGGUGGCCAAGGAUCGGGAGCUGAUUACCGAGUUGCUCUUCGAGCAAUACGGCUUCGAGGGAAUCUACAUGGCCUCCCAAGCGGUGCUCGCGCUGUAUGCCCAGGGUCUGAUGACGGGCGUUGUGAUCGAUGCUGGGGAUGGCAUGACGCACAUUUGCUCCGUCUACGAGGAGGCUGCUCUGCCACAUUUGACCAAGCGGCUGGAGGUUUCCGGUCGGGGCAUUACGCGCCAUUUGAUCAAGUUGCUGCUGCAACGGGGCUACGUGUUCAACGACUCCGCGGACUUUGAAACUGUGCGUCUGAUGAAGGAGAAACUCUGCUACGUUGGCUACGACAUUGAGCAGGAGCAACGGCUGGCCGUGGAGACCACAGUCCUGGUGGAGUCCUACAAGCUGCCCGAUGGUCGAGUCAUCAAGGUUGGCGGCGAGCGUUUCGAGGCGGCGGAAGCUUACUUUCAGCCACAUUUAAUCGAUAUCGAGGGUCCUGGCCUGGCUGAAAUGGCUUUCAAUGUGAUCCAAGCAGCGGACAUCGACAUGCGGCCCAUGCUGUUCCGUCAUAUCGUAUUGUCGGGGGGUUCUACCAUGCUGCCCGGGUUCCCCACUCGCCUGGAGCAUGAGCUGAGAAAGUUGUUCCUGGAGCGAGUGCUGCAGAGUGAAGUGGAGCAAGCGCCCAAGUUUAAGAUACGCAUCAAGGAUCCACCAACACGCAGCUAUAUGGUCUACACUGGCGGCUCUAUUCUCGCUGAAGUGACAAAGAAUCGGGAGGAGUUUUGGAUUUCCAAAGAGGAGUACGAGGAGCAGGGCGUUAAAGUGUUGGACAAGCUGAAAAAGAGUGUAACCAAGAAGGAGAAAACUAAGUUGGAUUGAAAUAAAAUAAACUUAAUGGGAAACCAAA